AUGCAGGUCAUUGCCGCCAUAUUAUUUGCUGUCCUUGGCACCACCAUGGCUGGUGGCCUAGGAUACGGUACUGGCUACGGACUUGGUCAUGGUGGGUACGGCGUCAGCUACGCUGGUGGUUACGGCGGUAGUUACGGGCCGGGAUACGGUGGCGGCGUCGGAGGUGUGGGUGUCGGCAGCAGUGUCGCCCUUCUGCGUGGAGGACCAGGAUUAUACAAGGCAGUGCCUGGUCCAGCUUUCCUCGUUAGAACCAUUCACCAAGUGAACAAGCUGUCCAGUGGUGGUGCACUGGUUGCUCAUUCCGGCCUCGGAGCAGGAUCGUACGGCGGUGGCUACGGAUACGGCGGGGGCUACGGAGGCGGCUACGGAGGCGGCUACGGAGGCGGCUACGGAGGCAGCUACGGGGGCGGUGGUGGCUACGGAUAUGGCGGUUAUGGAUACAAGGGUUGA